GCCAUUUUGGCUCAAGUGAGCCCGCGCUUCGGGAGGCCCUCGCAGCGCGCCGCGCGGGCGCGUGGCGCGCCAGAGGCCGAUGUCCGCCAGUGCUGGUGGCGGCAAGCCGUGGGCGGCGGCUUCCGCCCGGUCGCUGGCCCGGCGCCUGCGGCGAGAGCGGCAGGCAGAGCGGGGCUGGUUUCGUGCGGCCGCGCUGUCACGCUGCACGAAGGCGCUCAGGGCCUCGCUCGACGUCCACUGGCGCCUUUGUGACGCCGUCGGCUGCUACCUCCCCACGCUCGGCGAGGAGGUGGCGACCGCGCGGCUGCUCGGUUGCGACCCUGCCCUCCUCGCCGAGGCGGACGCGGCGCUGGUGGAGGGCAACUCCGCACGCCACGCGCCGCCGCCUGGCGCGGCGAGAGGGCUUCCUAAGAUGCCUGACGGGCUGGUGGCUCGGGCGCUCGAGCGCCUGCUGGAGGGUGCUGCGCCGCCCCUCCGCUGCAACGCCGAGCCGUUCGUCCCAGCCAGUGUCAGGCUGGCCUCCGCGUUGCUGUGCGAGCUCGGCGUGGAGCAGGUCGCGUGCAAUCCCAGCGUCGUCCCGCCUGUGCAGGGCCACUCCCACGUCGUGGUGGACGUGGAGCCCCUUCGCGAUGCGGCUGGUGCGGACGACGCCUCUGUGUCAGAGGACUCGCAGUUGGUGGUCAACCUCGGCAGGUCGGCUGAGGAUGUGGUGGGCCCACUCGUCGCGUGCAGUGCCAAGCCGCUGGAGGAGGUUCGCGAAGAUCCCGACGUGCUCUCCGACGGUGAGCCUGCUGACGACCCUGGCGGAGGUCCUCAUGAUAGUGAUUGCGUUGCCCUCGGAUCCGAGGGCGAGCCUGCUGAUGAGCGUGGCGGACAUGGUGUUGAAGAUGGUGUGGCCCUCGGACACGGUUGUGGUGAUGCUGAUGGUGCUGUCAUUCCGCUCGUGCUCUUGCAGUUCUUGGUUCAGCAGCAGGACGCUGGCGCCGUGGUCCACGAGGGCGACCUCAUCGUGUGGCAACUCGAGCAGAUCGAGGACAGCAUCCAGUCCGAGGCCCACCUCAUGAAGUGUGAGACGGAGGUACAGGAGGCCAUCGACAAGAUGAUCGACCAGGGCCUCGUCUCCGUCAUGAGGCCGUCGCUCGGCCAGUCGCGCGCGAGCCGCCUGCUCGCUGCUAGCCGUCCUGCGGUCGUGCGUUCGUGGCCGAGCUCAGGGCAUGUUGAGCGGAAGAUCGGGACAAAUCGGAACCAGAGAUUCUGGGAGAGUUCCAGAGAAAAAUAGAACGCCGAUUUGUGGAGCGUAGCGCGCGCAUUCGCAGAAGUU